AUGGAACUUGCACUGCUGUGUGGGCUGGUGGUGAUGGCUGGUGUGAUUCCAAUCCAGGGCGGGAUCCUGAAUCUGAACAAGAUGGUCAAGCAAGUGACUGGGAAAACGCCCAUCCUCUUCUACUGGCCCUACGGCUGUCACUGUGGACCAGGUGGCAGAGGCCAGCCCAAAGAUGCCACGGACUGGUGCUGCCAGACCCAUGACUGCUGCUAUGUCCACCUGAAGACCCAGGGGUGUGGCAUCUACAAGGACUAUUACAGAUACAACUUUUCCCAGGGGGACAUCCACUGCUCUGACAAGGGAAGCUGGUGUGAGCAGCAGCUGUGUGCCUGUGACAAGGAGGUGGCCUUCUGCCUGAAGCGCAACCUGGACACCUACCAGAAGCGACUGCAUUUCUACUGGCGGCCCCACUGCCGGGGCCAGACUCCUGGGUGCUAGAAGCCCACACCCUCUACCCUGUUCCUCAGCAUGGAGCUCCGGCAUCCCCACCUCAGUAUCUAACCUGAACCAGCCUGGCUUUUCAAACACUCCGCACUCUACCCUGUUCCUCAGCAUGGCACUCUGGCAUCCCCACCUCACUAUCUAACCUGAACCAGCCUGGCUUUUCAAACACUCCUGGGGGGAGGUAGUCCCAGCCUUCCCCGGAACCCUCCACCAAUGCCUUCUGACCUUCUGAAG